AUGGACAUUUGUCGUUCACCGUUGUUGAAACAAAACGAAGCCAUUUUUCAAUUUCCAAGCGCUGCUGAGAAUGUGGACAUACAAGGAAUAGUCCAGUGGCCCUUCUCAAUUCCACGUACUGGUGAUCGACGACAAAGCACAGAACGUAUUCAGACCGAUAUUGUUGCUAAUGCGAUGUCAAAAAGCAUUGAUGUUUUGAACAUGGCGGAGAAUCAACGCCGAAACAGUUUUAUGACAGCUGAUGGGAUGGAAAGCACUGAAAAUUUAGCCUCAUCAGCACCAUUUAACUAUGCUUCAUCAAGUUCUUUAUAUCGAAGUACAAGUAGGGGGAAUUUGGGUCCUAUCAGUUAUCCUCUCGUCCCACUCGAUCUAAAUAAUUAUCCGGUUAACUAUGAUCCACAUCCAGAAAUGGUUUACCGACCAAAUUUCGACCAUAUUACAUACAAACAAGACGUGGCCGUUCGUUAUUUGCAACCUCCAACACCACCGCCGCCGGGUCCAAUCGUCAUUCGUGAAAUAAGAGCUCCUGCUUUGCCCGACGCUCCUCCUAUUGUAAUUAAACAGCGUCCUCCUGUAGCACUCACACCACCACCCGUCAUUGUCCGAGAACGUCCUCCUGAACCUCCCGCGAUCAUCCCAUCUCGACUUGUUGAAAAAGUCAUUCCUCCGCCACCACCAGCUCCUCGAAAAGUGAUUAUCGAACGAAUGUCGGCUUUGCCACCGAAGCCUCAACCAGUUAUUAUCGAGAAAUGGUUACCUUAUAAACAACAAGAGCAAAGUCGUGUUAUUGUUCAGCGUGCUCCAGCACUGCCUCCUUUGCCCAUACAGAAAAAUACGAUAAUAACAUGGGAUGCUCCAUCAGUUGAUAUAAUCAGAAAUGUGCAAAAUUUGGGCACUGUUCGUGCUGAUCCAAUGGUGUACUAUCAACAGUUCGGUCCUACUCUGACUUCAUCGGACUACGUUCUUUCUCAAAUGUCAAAAUACGGUGUGAGCUAUGGUUAUCAGACAAUGUAUAACAACAGUGCACGACUAAUGACUGCUGAAGGAGUAGAUGCGUUUGCUGAUCAUCAGGCAAGCGGCCAAGAGAUUUUGAAUGGACACUACUCAUCAGGCUAUGUGUCUGAGACUGAUUCGGAUUCCGAUGUGUUCCUGGACAAUAAUGCAACAUCGAAUGCAGCCACAGUGAGUUAUAACUUUGAACAUUAUUACAGCCAGACAGAUCGAAGAAGUCGACAUUCAAGUACCGGUGAACACCAUGUCAUACGAUAA